GAGAGGAUCAUCACAGUAAUUAUAUAUAUAAAGAAAAAGAGGAUCAUCACAGAGAAAACCCUAAUCAUUUUAUAUUCCUACGUGUCAAAUUACGAAUGGUCAUAAUCAGAGUAGAGAAGAAGAAUGUCGAUGAAAGAAAAAAGUUUGACUUGUUAAGUCCCAACUGUCAAUUUCCUAGCAAGACACAUAUCUUCUUUACAUCACAUUACAUCUACAUAAAUGCUUUAUUGCAAAAACAGCGAUAUAAAAAAGAAUAUACAAAAACCUAGUAUUUAUUUUCUAGAUUCUUUACUGUUGUAUUUAUAGAAGUUGCUCGAGUGGUCAUUUUUACAAUAAAGCAAUCUGCUCAAAAGAGUAAAGAAAAGGAGAAAAAGAGAGUGAUAGAGAGAGAGAGAGAGAGAGAGAGAGAGAGAGAAAAGACUAUGGAUCCUGAAGGUUUCACGAGUGGCUUAUUCCGAUGGAACCCAACGAGAGCAAUGGUUGCAGCACCACCUCCGGUUCCACCUCCGCCGCAGCAACAGCCGGCAACACCUCAGAUGGCGGCUUUUGGGAUGCGACUUGGUGGUUUAGAGGGACUGUUCGGAGCUUACGGUAUACGUUUUUACACGGCGGCGAAGAUAGCGGAGUUAGGUUUUACGGCGAGCACGCUUGUGGGUAUGAAGGACGAGGAGCUUGAGGAGAUGAUGAAUAGUCUCUCUCACAUCUUUCGUUGGGAGCUUCUUGUUGGUGAACGGUACGGUAUCAAAGCUGCCGUUAGAGCUGAACGGAGACGAUUGCAAGAAGAGGAGGAGGAGGAAUCUUCUAGACGCCGUCAUUUGCUACUCUCCGCCGCUGGUGAUUCCGGUACUCAUCACGCUCUUGAUGCUCUCUCCCAAGAAGAUGAUUGGACAGGGUUAUCAGAGGAACCGGUGCAACAGCAAAACCAGACAGAUGCGGCUGGGAAUAACGGCGGAGGAGGAAGUGGUUACUGGGAAGCAGGUCAAGCAAAGAUGAAGAAGCAACAGCAGCAGAGACGGAGAAAGAAACCGAUGGUGACGUCAGUGGAAACCGACGAUGACGUCAACGAAGGUGAUGAUGACGACGGGAUGGAUAACGGCAACGGAGGUGGUGGUGGUGGAUUGGGGACAGAGAGACAGAGGGAGCACCCGUUUAUCGUAACGGAGCCUGGGGAAGUGGCACGUGGCAAAAAGAACGGUUUAGAUUAUCUGUUCCACUUGUACGAACAAUGCCGUGAGUUCCUUCUUCAGGUCCAGACAAUUGCUAAAGACCGUGGCGAAAAAUGCCCCACCAAGGUGACGAACCAAGUGUUCAGGUACGCGAAGAAAUCGGGAGCGAGUUACAUAAACAAGCCCAAAAUGCGACACUACGUCCACUGUUACGCUCUCCACUGCCUAGACGAAGACGCUUCAAACGCUCUCCGAAGAGCGUUUAAAGAACGCGGUGAGAACGUUGGCUCGUGGCGUCAGGCUUGUUACAAGCCACUUGUGAACAUUGCUUGUCGUCAUGGCUGGGAUAUAGACGCCGUCUUUAACGCUCAUCCUCGUCUCUCUAUUUGGUACGUUCCAACUAAGCUGCGUCAGCUUUGCCAUUUGGAGCGGAACAAUGCCGUGGCUGCGGCCGCGGCUUUGGUUGGCGGUAUUAGCUGUACCGGAUCGUCUACGUCUGGCCGUGGUGGUUGCGGCGGCGACGACUUGCGUUUCUAGUUUGGUUUGGGUUGUUGUGGUUUAUUUAGUCGUUAUCCUAAUUAACUAGUAGUCCUUAAUUUAGUCUUUUUGGCUAAUUUCUUUUUCUUUUAUAAUUUGUCAACCGUUUAGUUUGUUGUGGCUAAUUUUGUUAUAGACAUCGAGAAAGAAAACAAAAGAAAUGUGAGGGUGUGAUCAGAAAAAUUUGACAAAAACCUUAUAAAAUGAGGAUCCUCAAGUUCUAUCAAAACAUAUGGUCAUCUAGGUUGAUGAUAUUGGGAACUUAACUAGGUGUGAUAACCAUAACAAUAUUUUAGUUACGAAAACGAUUUAACUGGGUGAUAUUUCUGCAAAUAACAUGUUAUUU